AUGGGAGACCUGGCUCAUGACCGACCAAAACAGAGAAAGUUCAUUCAGGAAGGCAUUGGACGCAGAGAGACUUCAUCGGGAAAGUGUAGAGGUGAAGUCAAGGUAUUGGAGGGAGUACACAAACUUUCCAUCCCAAAUGACCCAUCUACUCAACCCUUCAAGCACCACCUGCCCCGCAUGCGACAGAGUCUGCAGAUUACAUAUCGGACUUAUCAGCCAUCUCAGAACCCAUCGAAUCAAAGUGGAAGUCUCGAGGUGGCCCAGGGUGGCGAGAGGAGCCGGGAGUGCAGAGGGAGGAGCCGGGAGGGCGGCGGGAGGAGCCGGGAGGGCGGCGGGAGGGCGGCGGGAGGGCGGCGGGAGGGCGGCGGGAGGGCGGCGGGAGGGCGGCGGGAGGGCGGCGGGGGGAGCCGGGAGGGCGGCGGGGGGAGCCGGGAGGGCGGCGGGGGGAGCCGGGAGGGCGGCGGGGGGAGCCGGGAGGGCGGCGGGGGGAGCCGGGAGGGCGGCGGGGGGAGCCGGGAGGGCGGCGGGGGGAGCCGGGAGGGCGGCGGGGGGAGCCGGGAGGGCGGCGGGGGGAGCCGGGAGGGCGGCGGGGGGAGCCGGGAGGGCGGCGGGGGGAGCCGGGAGGGCGGCGGGAGGAGCCGGGAGGGCGGCGGGAGGAGCCGGGAGGGCGGCGGGAGGAGCCGGGAGGGCGGCGGGAGGAGCCGGGAGGGCGGCGGGAGGAGCCGGGAGGGCGGCGGGAGGAGCCGGGAGGGCGGCGGGAGGAGCCGGGAGGGCGGCGGGAGGAGCCGGGAGGGCGGCGGGAGGAGCCGGGAGGGCGGCGGGAGGAGCCGGGAGGGCGGCGGGAGGAGCCGGGAGGGCGGCGGGAGGAGCCGGGAGGGCGGCGGGAGGAGCCGGGAGGGCGGCGGGAGGAGCCGGGAGGGCGGCGGGAGGAGCCGGGAGGGCGGCGGGAGGAGCCGGGAGGGCGGCGGGAGGAGCCGGGAGGGCGGCGGGAGGAGCCGGGAGGGCGGCGGGAGGAGCCGGGAGGGCGGCGGGAGGAGCCGGGAGGGCGGCGGGAGGAGCCGGGAGGGCGGCGGGAGGAGCCGGGAGGGCGGCGGGAGGAGCCGGGAGGGCGGCGGGAGGAGCCGGGAGGGCGGCGGGAGGAGCCGGGAGGGCGGCGGGAGGAGCCGGGAGGGCGGCGGGAGGAGCCGGGAGGGCGGCGGGAGGAGCCGGGAGGGCGGCGGGAGGAGCCGGGAGGGCGGCGGGAGGAGCCGGGAGGGCGGCGGGAGGAGCCGGGAGGGCGGCGGGAGGAGCCGGGAGGGCGGCGGGAGGAGCCGGGAGGGCGGCGGGAGGAGCCGGGAGGGCGGCGGGAGGAGCCGGGAGGGCGGCGGGAGGAGCCGGGAGGGCGGCGGGAGGAGCCGGGAGGGCGGCGGGAGGAGCCGGGAGGGCGGCGGGAGGAGCCGGGAGGGCGGCGGGAGGAGCCGGGAGGGCGGCGGGAGGAGCCGGGAGGGCGGCGGGAGGAGCCGGGAGGGCGGCGGGAGGAGCCGGGAGGGCGGCGGGAGGAGCCGGGAGGGCGGCGGGAGGAGCCGGGAGGGCGGGUUCUGCCACUGGGACCUCGUGCGCAGCCGCAGUGUCCCCCAGCUGCCGGUCGCGCAUGCGCUCGGCUGUGACCGGCCGGCCAUCUGGCUCUGGGCAGGCGCAUUCCAGGGGAAACCACGGCCGUUCAACGGCAGCGCAUGCGCAGGGGCCUGGAUCGCGGACACUAUUUAG